AUGGUCGAAGUGAUGAAUUACAACUUGUACAACUCCUUCGAUGGACGCAUGAGCUAUGGCCUGUACAACUCGAUGGAUGGCCAGAUGCUUCCCCAGGAUUACGCUGCUUCGGAGCAAAGUAUCUAUGAGACGAGGAACAUGCGAACGGUAGGAAUCAGAAGGUAUGCGAUGAAUGCUGCAAGCGAUCAGAGGUGUGGGAUCGGCAUCAAGUUUACCAAGACGGACUACGGUCCUUACAUGAUCACAGCUCUGGUCCCGUCUGGAGCGGCGGAACAGAGCAUGGUUCUCCGCGUCGGGGAUUUGAUUCAUGAGGUUGACGGUCAGAGCGUUUACAACAUCUCACCCGAGGAUGUCUCGUGGUUCAUCACGGGGAUUCCCGGGAGCGUCGUGAAUCUUACCAUAUCCGAUAGCCCUUUCGCGCACAUGCCAUCGCCAUCCAAAAACUAUGGCUUCCCUGUCAAAGUAUUGGCUUUUCUGCGAAACAACGGGACUGGCAACACUGGCAUUGGUCUCACUUUUGCCAAGGCAAGCUCAUUCGGCCCCUGCGUUGUCGCGUCGCUUUCUCCUGGGGGAAACGCCGCGUUGAGCGGGAUGAUUCAAGUUGGGGACCUGAUCCAUGAGGUCGGAUACGUCAACGUCUACUCCAUGUCGCCAAUGGAAGUCAUCAGAGCCUUGAUGGGCAAGCCUGGAUCGCCUGUCUUUCUGCUCACCUCCCAGGGAUCCAUGAGUUACCUUCCUCAACACACGGGCCCAGUGCUGUUCUCUUUGAACCGCGACGCGAAUGGGAGGCUUGGAUUUCAGUUUAUGAAGACAGCAACUGGAGCCUUCGAAGUUGUGAGAGUAAUCCCCAAUCAGAAUCCUAACAAUAAUCAGAGCCCUGCAGCCAAUGCUGGAUUCAUUGAAGGCGACCUCAUCCACGCUAUCAACCAUCUCAGGCAAAAAUACAACUUCCCAGUGCGUAUGGCGAUCAUCAAGCGAGGCCCCAAUGUUGGGCCGCGAGUCGGGCUGGGUCUGCAAUUCCUCAAGACGACAGGAGUUGGCCCUAUCGUUGUUCACUCUCUGCUCCCCGAGGGAAGUGCGGCAAGCAGCGGGCAGUUGCAGGUCGGGGAUAUCAUUCACGAGAUUGACAAGCACAACGUCUACCGGAUGAGCAUCGAGCAAGUUGCCAACCUCAUCCUGGGCACCCCUGGCACAUACGUGCGGCUCAUUGUGUCUCAAAACUUGCAGCAGAACGGAACCUCCGUGACCUCCCGUGUGUCCUCCCCCGUCGUUGACAGAAUUUGA